AUGAAGCGUAGGGCUGACAUCAUAAAUGGAGGAGACUCAGGGUAUCGUGAUUGCAAUAGCAUUCAAAGCACGAAUGAACGAGACUACAAGCGUAUGCAUUAUGUAGAAGAAAGAACAAAUGAUAUUGGAAUUGCUAUUGCAACUGUAAAGACAUUGGCAGAUGAAAAGGAGACGGAUCCGCACCGAUUAGCACAGCGUCAAAAGCAGAUUGAUUAUGGUAAGAACACAAUUGGGUACGAUCGCUAUUGUGCUCAAGUGCCAAGGAGACAGCGUCACCCAAAGCAACAUCCGAUGACACCAGACAAGACCAUGCGCAUCGGUAAGAAGGGUUUUGAUGGAAUCAUACGCAAGUGGCGACAAGCGCUGCACAAGUACGACCCGCCAGAACUAGCAGAGGCAACCAAGGCAAUGACGACAGAUAAUCAGAACAUAGUAACAGGAGAUGCAGUGGCCAAGAACGUUAAUGGUGGUGCAACAAAGAGUGUAAAGUUGAAGGAGGGAGCAGCAAUGACUUCCGCUUGUGCUGCAACGACAACAUUGUCAAAGUCCGAUGAGAAGACUGCGGUACGACCAGAAAGCAACUUUACUGGAUCUACUCGCUCCAUUUACGAGAAUUUUAAUGAGGACAAUUUUGACGAUGACGAGUCGGAUGAUGAUUUGUUGUAG